AUGAGGGCAAGAGCAGAUCCAACAUUCAGUGAUUUCUUACUACGAAUCGGUAAUGGAGACGAACCUACAAUAAGAGAUGAUAUGGUCCUUCUUCCAGAAAAAUUGAUCGUCAAACAUGAUGGUGAUAGUACUGGUGAAGAUAAUUUAAUAAGAGAAAUAUUUCCAUCUCUAGAUGAAAUGUCAAGUUGUGCAAAAUACAUGACAGAAAGGGCUAUCUUGGCUAGCAGAAAUGAGUAUGUUGAUCAAUUAAAUGAGAUGUUAAUUGCUAAGUUUCCUGGUGAAAGCAGAACUUUUUUGAGUUUUGACUCCGCAGAGGAUGAUACCAACAGCUACUACCAGGACGAGUACUUAAAUACUUUAAUACCAAGUGCCCUUCCACCACACAGGUUGGUUUUAAAGAAAAAUGCUCUGAUCAUGUUAUUAAGAAAUUUGGACCCGGCAAAUGGCUUAUGUAUUGGUACAAGAAUGAUAUGUAGAGGCUUUGACAACAACGUCAUCCAUGCAAAAAUAACGAUGGGCGAAAAUGCUUCUAAACAUGUGUUUAUUCCCAGAAUUCAACUUUCGCCUCCAGAAAAUGAAUGUUACCCUUUCAAAUUCAUCAGAAAAUAA